UACUCGCGGCUGGUGAUGCUCGAAGGAAUGAAACAAUCUAUCAGACUGGAGAACGAGCGGAUUCUUUUAUAAGCGGAGGAAUAUAUGCGUUUUCACUUCUCUCAUAUCAAUAUGAAUUCAUGGAAAUCUUCUACGAGAUGCAUCCCAUGUGGACUUCAAUUCGCCUCAGCAAGGCGGUUCGAAAAACACGUUGCGAAUCACAGAAGGCCUUUUAGAUUAUAUAAGGCGAAAGAGUUUUUGCAAGGCCACCAAACAUAUACAAGGAAUAAGUACGUUCGUCACAAAUUUCCAAGACGCAAGAUUGUUGUACCGUCAAUUGACUAUUUAUGGCAAGUGCAUAGGUCCAUAAACUGUCGACCAAAAGAUGUAAAGCCUUCCAAUCAAUUUAAUGUUUGGAUGAAGAGUUACGAGGAUUUGCAGAAGUCAAAGCCGUCUACUCCUAAAUUUCGAAUCGGACAGUAUGUUAGAAUUAAGAUUCAAACAGCAACAUUCGAGAAAGGUUACGCUUCGACGUUCACCACUGACUUGUUCAAAAUUCGAGAAAUCGUAAACAGCAUACCUGUGACAUAUAAGUUAAGUGAUAAUACAGGGGAAAUAAUUUUAGGUGUAUUUUAUCCUGAGGAAUUAUCUCUCGUAAAAAUUUGAAAUUAGUUCCCGAAAAAGUUUCUCGGAAACCUCUGAAUUAUGAGGCUUAUAAUUUUUUUUUUUUAAAUUAGCAUUUCCGAACCGGUUUUGAAAAUGAAAU